AUGAGCGACCCCGACGGACGCCCCGGCCUGGAAGGUGGCGGCGGGCAAGCGGCGGCAGGACCCACAGCCGGCGACGAGGUGCUGUCCCCGACAGUCGUAGCUACUCACUCCUACUUGGGGGAGGUUGAUGAUCUGGAGGGCAGCGCCGGCCUGCUGGAGGAGGGACGAACCUAUCGGCUCCCAGUUCUUCCCCUUGACGGCCUGGUGCUCUGCCCCGGCAGCACACUCCCGCUGCGCUUGACCUUCCGCGGCGACCGGGCCCUCCUGCAGCAAGCGCUCAAUGCUCCCCCACCACUCACUCGCCUGAUCGCGGUGGUCUGCUGCCAACGUGGUUACUUCACGCCCCAGCUCAUGUUGCAGAGGGUGGGCUGUGUGGCGGAGAUUUGCAAGAUGGGGGGCGGUGGCAUCAACUUGCUGGCCAAAGGGCGACAGCGUGUGGAGGUGCAGCUGGAUGCAGUGAUGGAGGGCGGCAUGCAGCUGUCCUCGGUGCCCGUCAGGGUGUUGCCAGAGCCACCCCCGCUGCCGGUCCCCGCCGAGGCGCAGGCAGGCGUGGCCUGGCACCCACGCGCCCUGUAUGCCACUUUUGACGCCUGGCAGCUGGCUAAGCGUGCCAGACGCCUCUUCCACUCAAUUGCGCCGCAGGCCCGCGAGUUUGAGGGCAACCCUCUGGAGCUCAGCUACUUCCUGCUCAGCAAUCUACCGGUGGAUGACGACGUUCGGCAGCAGCUGCUGGAGGCGUGCUCAGCGGACGAGCGGCUGCGGGCAGAGUGCAAGCUGCUGCAGGCGCUUGGCACUCUGUGCUGCCGAGCAUGCGGCACCUCGCUGGCGCGCAGUGCUGAUGCUGUGCAGAUGAGCGAGGAGGGCAUCAGCGCCUGCUAUGUCAAUUCGCAUGCGUUCAUUCACGACAUUGUCACGCUGUCCACGGCAGGUGACAACCGUGACCCCACGCCGCCCGCUGGCACCUACUUGCACAGCGCUGGCAGCAGCGAGAAUGGGGACGGCGGCUGGACAAGCGCAGAGGAGGACGAGGAGGCGGAGCCGCGCGGCCAUGGCGGCUCGCCAGUGACAGCCAGUGAUGCCAACGCCACCAGUGCCGAGGAGGCAUGA